AUGUUGCGCGCGGGAGGAAGCCGGCUCGUCGCCCCCGGACUCCGGCGGCUCCUCGGCCCGGGGGCCGGGGAGAGGGCUGCGCCGGGGCUGGCGGCGGCGGGGGCGGGGGCGAGGGCGUACCACGAGCGGGUGGUGGACCACUACAACAACCCGCGGAACGUCGGGUCUUUCGACAAGGACGACCCCAACGUCGGCACCGGGCUGGUCGGCGCGCCGGCCUGCGGCGACGUCAUGAAGCUUCAGAUCCGUGUCGACGAAGGCACCGGGAAGAUCGUCGACGCCUGCUUCAAGACCUUCGGCUGCGGCUCUGCAAUCGCCUCGUCCUCCGUCGCUACUGAAUGGGUGAAGGGAAAGCAAAUGGAGGAAGUAGUGAGUAUCAAGAACACUGAGAUUGCAAAGCACUUGUCACUUCCACCAGUAAAGCUCCAUUGCAGUAUGCUUGCUGAAGAUGCAAUUAAAGCUGCCGUGAAAGAUUAUGAAUCAAAGAAGGCGAAGCUGGGAGACAGCCCUGCAGAGAAGGCUGCCGAAGCAUGA